AUGAUGUCCGUGAGGAAGCAGAGUCGGAGCUGCGCCGCCCGCCUGUCCCGGCUCUUCCCGCACCUCGUGCUCUGGCUCUCCCUGGUGGGGUACGCGGCUCUGGGGGCGCUGAUGUUCCAGUUCAUCGAGGGGGGCAGCGAGUCCAGCACCAAGGCGGAGUACCUCGGCUUCUUGGAGCGAGUCGUCCGGAAAGUCCAGAAUCUAACCGAGGGUGGAUACCGAGAUGGCGAAAUUGUCAGUGGAGUGGAGAUCGAGAUGAGGAGCAGGUUCAAGUCCAUCUGGCUCCAGAGACCUGACCGAUGGACCUUCUUUGGCUCCAUGUUCUUCUGCUGCACCGUCUUCACCACCGUCGGUUACGGCGAGAUCUACCCGGUCACUUUGUCUGGUAAAGUGGCGUGUAUCUUCUAUGCCAUGGUGGGAAUCCCUCUCAUGUUGCUCGUCAUCCUGGACGUGGGCGACUUCCUGGCCAUGUUUAUGACGCGAGCGUACGUCCAGCUGCACACGCUCUUCAAAAUCCUCCGCUCCCGCCGCUGGUCACCGCGCAGGGCUCAGGAAAAGGCCUGCGACUCGGGCCACCGCGUCCUGGAGGACGGCACCUACUUCUUCAGCCACGACGUGGUGGUGCGCGAGCCCAUCGACAUCCGCCACGUUCUGCACACUCAGGGCGACGUCCGGCACAAGUCCAACCAACUCCAGAACAACAAAGAGAUCUUCGAGAAGAUUCUGGCCCGAGAGAAUCUGCUGAGGAAGGCGCCGCUGUUGAAGAGCAUCUCGUGUCCGGAGCUGAACCGCCUGCCUCCGGCCUGUAAGGGCAGGCAGAUCUGGGACUUCAGCGGGUUGGGGGACGGUAUGGAGAAGCUGGACGUCCCCUUCGUGCUCAUCCUCAUCAUCGUCUUCACCUUCAUCCUCCUGGGUGGCUUGAUCCUCCCACUGUGGGAGAGUGAGUUGGAGGGCUUUGACCCCUACUACUUCUGCUUCAUCACCGUCACCACCAUUGGCUUCGGAGACAUCGUCCCCCACCACCCCAAGUACUUCAUGCUCACCUCGCUCUUCAUCAUCAUUGGCAUGGCCGUCAUGACCAUGGCCUUCAAGCUGGGCCAGGCUCGCAUCGUCAGCUGCUACCGCCAGUGCAUCAAGUACAUCAGUAGAGGGAGGAGCGAGCAGGACGACCAGUGAUGUCCACCCAGCCUGUGCUUUCAUCUGAGAACCCGUGCGGCGCUGAGCGUUUUGCAUGUGUUCGCUGCUCUUUGACCCAACUGGUGUUUGCUGAAGUGAAACCAGGAAGCUGCUCACAAGACAAGUGUCGGGAACGUGACUCCCAGGAGAAGAGGAUGCAUGAAUCUCACACACAGACACAGUCGUGCUUCGCUAUCCUUGUGAGGACCUCUCAUUGGCGUAACCCUUUCCCCAGCCUCGCCGCCUGAACCGUCCAAAACAAAAGGCGAAACCUAACCAGGACUGUAAGCCAAACCGAAACCCAAUUAUAAUGAUCAGGUUAUUAAUCCUCAAAUGAAGUAAAAAAAAUGUCCCCAAAAAUAUGUGUUAACAAAAAUUGGUCCUCACAGGUAUAGAUCACUGACACGAUGAAUGGAUACAUGACAGGAGUUGAACACUAAACCCUGCAACUGUUAUGAAGUUCCACAAGAGGGAGGAUUAAAUAAAGGGUAAAUAAACAAAUGUAUGAAAAAUGUAAACCCUCAAAUCCGAAAAUAGUUUUAAAUUCAAGCGAUUGUGCGCACCAGUGACUUUGUCAACACAUGAUGGCGCUGUAAACCACGAGAGCCAGAGUGUGGACCGUGAACACGCGCUUCAGGUUGAUCUCAAAUCGAGUGUGUUUCUGAACUUGUCGGACUGAAGGUUGUGAACAACAAUGGUGUAGUCGAUAUUUAAGUCAUAUUUACGCGACAAGACUGCGGACUUGUUUAUUUAUAUUCCCACUAUGGUCACGCGGAAGUUUCAGGGUGAAUAAAACGUGCAUCCAUUGACGUUUCUGCGACUCUUUCAGUGCUUCGACAGGUGAGAUCACGAACCUAAAACGUAGUUUCUCACUCAUUCAUCUUUUAAAUCCGGGUGUUCAAACAGCAGCCAGUCGCCAGCUCCGGACCAUCAUCAGCUUUA